CCACUCAGCGAACAGUUGAACUGACCGCUCAUCAAGAGAAAAAUAUGAAAGUUUUCUCGUUGAUUUUGAUUGCCUUCGUGGCAAACGCGUACUGUGAUGAAGGAGCAUCUACCGAGAAGGAGGAAAAGAUGGGGACAAUCAUUGGUAUCGAUCUCGGAACAACCUACUCGUGCGUUGGAGUCUUCAAGAAUGGGCGAGUUGAAAUCAUCGCCAACGAUCAAGGAAACAGAAUCACUCCAUCAUACGUUGCGUUUUCCGGAGAUCAAGGAGAGCGACUUAUUGGAGAUGCCGCCAAGAAUCAGCUCACAAUCAAUCCGGAGAACACAAUUUUCGACGCCAAGCGUCUGAUUGGGCGUUUCUACAACGAGAAAACCGUUCAACAAGACAUCAAGCACUGGCCGUUCAAGAUCGUCGACAAGUCUAAUAAGCCUAAUGUUGAGGUGAAGGUUGGAUCCGAGACGAAACAAUUCACUCCUGAAGAAGUCUCUGCCAUGGUUCUUACGAAGAUGAAGCAGAUUGCCGAAUCCUACCUUGGUCACGAGGUGAAGAACGCCGUUGUCACCGUGCCAGCAUACUUCAAUGAUGCUCAAAAACAAGCCACCAAGGAUGCAGGAUCUAUUGCCGGACUUAACGUUGUGAGAAUCAUCAACGAACCAACAGCGGCAGCCAUCGCUUAUGGAUUGGAUAAGAAAGAUGGAGAACGCAACAUUCUUGUCUUCGAUUUGGGAGGUGGAACUUUCGAUGUAUCCCUUCUUACCAUCGACAGCGGAGUUUUCGAGGUUCUUGCCACUAAUGGAGAUACCCAUUUGGGAGGAGAAGAUUUCGAUCAACGCGUGAUGGAAUACUUCAUCAAGCUGUACAAGAAAAAGUCUGGAAAGGACCUUCGCAAGGACAACCGUGCCGUUCAGAAACUUCGCCGUGAGGUAGAAAAGGCCAAGAGGGCUUUGUCAACCCAGCAUCAAACUAAGAUCGAGAUCGAGUCACUCUUCGAUGGAGAAGACUUCUCAGAGACUUUGACUCGUGCCAAGUUUGAGGAGCUCAAUAUGGACUUGUUCCGUGCUACAUUGAAGCCGGUUCAGAAAGUUUUGGAAGAUGCUGACAUGAAGAAAACUGAUGUCCACGAGAUCGUACUGGUAGGAGGAUCAACCAGAAUUCCAAAGGUUCAACAACUUAUCAAGGACUACUUCAACGGCAAGGAGCCAUCUCGUGGAAUCAACCCUGACGAAGCAGUUGCUUACGGAGCUGCUGUUCAAGCAGGAGUAAUCGGAGGUGUCGAAAAUACCGGAGAUGUUGUCCUUCUUGACGUCAAUCCACUCACUCUGGGUAUUGAGACUGUCGGAGGAGUCAUGACUAAGUUGAUUGGAAGAAAUACCGUUAUCCCAACAAAGAAGAGCCAAGUUUUCUCUACCGCUGCCGAUAGUCAGAGCGCUGUAUCAAUCGUUAUUUAUGAAGGUGAACGACCAAUGGUUAUGGACAAUCACAAGCUCGGAAACUUCGAUGUCACCGGAAUCCCACCAGCUCCACGCGGUGUUCCACAAAUUGAGGUUACAUUCGAAAUUGAUGUCAACGGAAUAUUGCACGUAAGCGCCGAAGACAAGGGAACUGGAAACAAGAACAAGCUCACAAUCACCAACGACCACAAUCGUCUCAGUCCAGAAGACAUCGAGCGCAUGAUCAAUGAUGCUGACAAGUUUGCUGCAGAUGAUCAAGCCCAAAAAGAGAAGGUUGAGUCACGAAAUGAGCUGGAAGCAUAUGCCUAUCAGAUGAAAACUCAAAUCGCCGACAAGGAAAAACUCGGAGGAAAGCUCACUGACGAAGACAAGGUGUCCAUCGAGUCUGCCGUCGAGAGAGCUAUUGAGUGGCUCGGAAGCAACCAAGAUGCCUCUACUGAAGAAAACAAGGAGCAAAAGAAGGAACUUGAAUCUGUUGUUCAACCAAUCGUCUCCAAACUUUACUCGGCGGGAGGACAAGGAGAACAAGCUUCUGAGGAGCCAUCGGAGGAUCAUGAUGAACUGUAAAAUAUUAAUUGCCUUCAACUACUUGCUGCCAUCGGGUUCCUGUUUAUUGCUUUAUCCCCCCUUCAUUCUUUCCCAACCCAACCCCACCAUUCAUUUUUACGAGUUUAGUGAAAUUUUUUAUUUAAUAAAUUAUUUAUUAUUUAUCAUG